GCCUAUAUGCUAUUUAGAGACCUAUAGGUAACCUUGGCAUUCUAUCAUUCAGGGCUUUUUUGUGUGCGUGUGGGCUAUUUUAGUCGUUGUCAUCUUGGUUGCAAUUAAGAAAAUUCUGUAUAUGUUUGAAAAUUCAGAUGAAGACAGUUUCUGGAACGGCUGUAUCUGCAAAGCCUGUUAAUCUCUCAAAAGCCAACAUCUUGCUGAAGUUUGUAAUUUCUGACAAUGGAGCUGCUCAAGCGGUGUCUGCUUAUCUCCGCCGUGCUUCUAUGGCAUUUAAUGAGCACGUAUACUUUAAAAAACACUACAAACUUGAGAAAAAUCGCUCAAAGGAGGAAACUUUAACCGUAUCUGAUAUAAGUCAUAUAAAUUGUGAAGAAAAUGAGGGCAUGGUUAUAGGAAAUGGUGGUCGCGCAAACAUGAAAUUUGAUCGGGACCCGGUUCAGAUUGACAGUAAUGAGUUCGUGAAGGAGAAGAGUGAAGAAAAGAAGAAAAAGAUGAAGAGAAAGAGGAAUGUAGAGGUUGACGGGGGUGUUAUUGUUAGUUCUGUGAUGCCUAAAAAGAAGAAAAACUAAAGCUGAAGAAUAGGCAUGGAACUUUGGUAAUAUUUUGUUGCUAUAUUAAUUGGCUUGAUGAGUGUAUUUUCAGUGUAGAAUCAAUUAAUUGUUCUUAAGCAAUUUUUGAUGGUGAUAAACCUGUUCUUGAUUGCUACUGAAUUUCUUGUACCUUCUGUGAAUUAGUGUUAAAUGUUUAUGUCCUUCAGUUUUCAUGCUA